AUGCUGCGAGAGGUGAUGCAAAAGUUCUCCGACGGGAGAUCUGCACACAGCUCUGACUACGUGGAAUUGGUUUCAAGAACCGCUGAGAGAUCACCUUUUGAAAAAUGGAUACAGAACGAGCCGAAGCCGAGAGAUUUCAUGAUUCCCCCUCUACCAACAUUCAAUGGGAAGGGAGACUCACUUAAUCACUUAUUCCAGUUCCAACAGAAGAUGGCCUUGGAACCUGGCUCUAUCAGCAACAUCGGUGACCUUCGCAGAGCUUCUCUUCAGCAGUACAAUGCCAACCACAAAGCUCCAAGAGCAAUGGCAGAUCUCUACCGAAUUGAGCAAGGAGAAAAUGAGAACCCAAAGUCGUACCUACAACGCUUUAUCGAUCUUGUACACCAAAUUCACGAUGUAGAGCCAGCAACCACGACCAACCUCUUCGUCAAGAGUCUGCAGGUGGGGUCCCUCUUACACGAAAAUCUCACUAUGACUCCACCAUAUGACAUGGCUGAAAUUCAGGCCCGAGCUGAGGGCGUCUUCAGAGUCUUGGAAUAUCGAGAGCAUGUAGAGAAGAAGUCCGCUCUCAUUUCAACACCACCACCAAACAACCCGUCCCCUCCAUCUACAAGGGACGAAAAAAGAAAGAGGCAGGAGUCAGACCCUGCGAAGGGGGGAAAGAGGCCAAGAAUGAGUCGAGACCCACCAAGAUUCUCUUCUUUCGAGUACACUAUCCCGCAGGAGGUCAUCUAUGAAGAGAACAAAGAUAGACCCAUCUGGCGGGAACCAUACAAAAUCAUUACUCCCCCAGAAAGGAGACACAAGAGUAGGUUCUGCACCUUCCACAAGGACCAUGGCCAUACACUUUCUGAAUGCUACAACCCAUCCCCUCCAUCUACAAGGGACGAAAAAAGGAAGAGGCAGGAGUCAGACCCUACGAAGGGGGGAAAGAGGCCAAGAAUGAGUCGAGACCCACCAAGAUUCUCUUCUUUCGAGUACACUAUCCUGCAGGAGGUCAUCUAUGAAGAGAACAAAGAUAGACCCAUCUAG